CUGUGUAAUCUGGAGCAGGCUGCUUGUUUUUUUCCCCUCUCUCUGCUGCUUUCUCCCUUCAUAAGAUACAGGUGCUAACGUUUAGGGCUGCUUGGAAAUGCAGGAAAGAAACGUAUUUUUCAUUUCUUGAGACGGCUUUUCCUUCUUCUGCUUAGACUACACAUUAGAAUGAUCGUGAGCUGUAAACUGCUUCUAAAUAUAAUGACUGAAAAUAGAGCAAAUUUUUAUUAGCUGCUUUGCAAAACAGAAAUUACAAGGGGGAUGACAACAGUGAAGCUUGCCCUAGGCAAAAAGGGGAAAGAGGAUGUUGGGGCUGGGCUAAUUGGGGCCGUACCUCUUCAGACUGGAAUGAGUCUGGACUGAAUAUUACCCAUCCAAACAGGUUUUAGAGCAGGAGGAGGAGUCCAAGACUGGCUGGAACUAAUUUACUCAUUUCCCUCCCAAAGGCUGACCCAAAGACCUGUAUCAAAGAGUUGCACUGGAAGCUCUCUGAAUGUGCUGCCUGCAGACCUAAGGCCUCUCCGGGGACUCGAGAUGAUUUCUCACAAGUGAUGCUUUCAGGAGGUGUUGUGCUGAAGACAGAGCACUGCAGCCUCUAACUGGGACAGCUCCUGCUGGUCUGGAGCUGAGACCCAACUUCCCUCCCUCGCUUUUCCCUUGGAGAUGUUGCAGAGAUUUGAUCUGACCUCUUCCUGCUCACCUGAAGCCUGCCGUGGCGAUGAUCCCGCAGCCAGAUCCGACUGCCAAAGAGAAGAGAAUCGUGCGUUUGAAGCUGGGCCGUCGUUGUAACUGAACUGGAAUUUACUCCCUGUUUCUGCUCCCGGAACGACUGCCCUUCCUCUGCUUGUCUGUUUGUGCUGUGAGCCACUUCUCCCUGAUCUUGUUUGGAAUUCCUGAGCUUUCCACGCUGAAUUUGCCCAUGGCUUUCCUGAUGAAGAAGAAGAAAUUCAAAUUUCAGACAAGUUUCACUCUAGAAGAGCUGACUGCUGUCCCCUUUGUCAAUGGGGUUCUGUUCUGCAAAAUCAGGCUGCUAGAUGGAGGAGACUUUGCUAGUUUAUCUACCAGAGAGGAAGUUCAGGAAAACUGUGUCCGCUGGAAAAAGAAAUUCACCUUUGUGUGUAAAAUGAGUGCCAACCCUGCCACAGGACUCCUGGACCCCUGCAUCUGUCGAGUGUCUGUCCGUAAGGAGCUGAAGGGCGGAAAAACCUACUCAAAGCUGGGCUUUGCUGAUCUAAAUCUGGCAGAAUUUGCAGGCUCUGGAUCCACUGUUCGUUGCUGCUUGCUGGAAGGAUAUGAUACCAAGAAUACCCGACAGGACAACUCCAUCCUAAAGGUCACCAUCGGAAUGUCCCUGCUCUCUGGGGACCCCUGCUUCAAAACGCCUCCUUCCACUGCCAAAUCCAUCACCAUCCCGGGGCAGGACUCUACUCUGCAGCUGACCUGCAAGGGCGAGGGAACCACCAGCAGCAGCAGUUCCUCCACAAUUGGCUCCCUGCGCCAGAGCAAGCCAAGAACUGCCAUUCUCAGCUCAGGUGUCCCAGAAGAGUCGGAUCAGAACCUGUCCAGCCCAGAGGAAGUUUUCCACUCAGGGCACUCACGGAACUCGAGCUACGCCAGCCAGCAGUCCAAGAUCUCCGGUUACAGCACGGAGCACUCCCGCUCCUCCAGCAUGUCAGACCUGACGCACCGCCGGAACACCUCCACCAGCAGCAGCGCGUCCGGGGGGCUCAGCAUGACCGUGGAGUAUCCCGAGGGGGAGCGGGAACACAAACUGGAGAAGCCACCUCGCCCCCCCAGACCUCCCCUCCUGCUGGACAGACCCUCCCGGAGGAAAAAGGAUUCAAUGGAGAGUCACCCAACCCGAGUGGAUGACACCAGGAUCGAUGCUGAUGAUAUAGUGGAGAAAAUAAUGCAGAGUCAGGACUUCACAGAUGUCAGCAAUACUGAAGACAGUAACCUGAGGUUGUUUGUGAGCAGAGACGGAACAACUACGCUGAGCGGUAUUCAGCUGGGAAACAGGGUCUCAUCUGGAGUUUACGAGCCAGUGGUGAUUGAAACCCACUAAAUGUGAAGAACAGGGUAGAGCUGCUGGACACAGGCCCCCUACCCAGUCCGCUGCCACAUGGAUGCCAACCUUUACCUCUCUUCAUGCAGCAUUCCAGAAGGGAUUUCUCCACACCCCUCCCCAUAUGUUUGCACUGCAGAACUACUCCAAGACCACUCCAGAACAUGCACUUUCCCUGCAUUGGCAUUGUCCUUCUCUGCUUCCUGGUCGUUCCAGUGCAUGCCUUCCCCCUGUUCCUGCUCAGGCACAAGGUGUCUGUGGGGCUUAUCCUUGGGCUAGUCCCAGAGGAUAUUGCUCAUCUGCAUCCCUCAUUCCACCCAUUCACUUGCAGCAGGAGACUUCUCAGUUUCUGUCUCCCCAAAACAUUGGGUUAAUACCACUGUGAACUCUUCAGACCACUGGGGGUGGGGGAAACCAUUCUAACCAAACCCAGAGCUGCUCGUUGGGGACACGGUGACACGGCCACUUGCAGGAUGCUUUAUUCCAUUGACUCUGCAAGGGAACAUCACCUCCCAAGGCAGUGGUUUUACUGAACAAGGUAUGCUGUGGUGUACACUUCACCUUCCUAUCCUCACAUCUCCAAACAACAUCUUCUCAUAGGAAAUAUUUCCCAAAAGUGCAUUUCAGAAAACUACCGCAAUCCAGCUGGGAGUUGGUGAACGGUUAAAUGUGAGUGCUCAUCACACCACUGACUGCAGCAGCCCUUCCACUGCUGGGCAUGGAACGGGGUGUUCAUCAGCUAGCAUUAGCAGGAGCACUUUAGAGGUUACAGAUUUUACCUGGAGGAGGCAUCUUCUCACUAUUCCAGGAGUAUAAUCUGUGUUUGCUGGACUGAUUCAGCAAGUAGUCCUGUUGGAGUUUGGAAUACAAA